UCAAUCCUCAGAUCCGUCUGGAAACCGACCUAACGAUCGGAAUUUCUUUCUCCGACAGUUCUUGAUAUCUCAGGCAAUGGCAUCGAGGUAUUGGGUGGUUUCUCUUCCUGUUCAGACAUCUGCUUCAUCUUUAUGGAACCGUUUGCAAGAAGCAAUCUCCAAGCACUCUUUUGAUACUCCACUAUACAGGUUCAAUAUACCUAAUCUGCGUGUUGGAACUCUAGAUUCUCUUUUAUCACUCAGUGAUGAUCUUUUGAAGUCUAAUAGCUUUGUUGAAGGAGUAUCUCAUAAAAUAAGGCGUCAGAUUGAGGAAUUGGAGAGAAUUUCGGGUACAGAAAGUGGUUCUUUAACGGUUGAUGGAGUUCCUGUUGAUUCUUACCUAACAAGAUUUGUGUGGGAUGAAGCAAAGUACCCUACAAUGUCUCCUCUCAAGGAAAUCGUGGAUAGCAUUCACCAUCAAGUAGCCAAGAUCGAGGAUGACCUCAAGGUUCGUGUUGCUGAGUAUAACAAUGUGCGCAGUCAGCUUAACGCAAUAAAUAGGAAGCAGAGUGGGAGCUUAGCUGUUCGUGAUCUUUCCAAUUUGGUGAAGCCUGAAGAUAUUAUUACAUCAGAGCAUUUGGUGACACUCCUUGCAAUUGUUCCCAAGUUUUCACAGAAGGACUGGUUGUCUAGCUAUGAAACUCUUACUGAUUAUGUGGUUCCCAGGUCUUCUAAGAAGUUGCAUGAGGACAAUGAAUAUGCCCUUUACACUGUAACCCUAUUUAGACGCGUUGCUGAUAAUUUCACAAAAAGUGCACGUGAAAAAGGAUUUCAGAUUCGUGAUUUUGAGUAUAGUCCAGAGACACAAGAAGGUCGAAAGAAAGAGUUGGAAAAAUUGAUGCGAGAUCAGGAAACUUUGAGAAGCUCUCUUUUGCAGUGGUGUUAUACCAGUUAUGGAGAGGUUUUCAGCUCCUGGAUGCAUUUCUGUGCUGUCCGUGUCUAUACAGAGAGCAUUCUGCGAUAUGGCUUGCCACCAUCUUUCCUGGCUGCAGUUUUAGCUCCAUCAGUGAAAAGUGAGAAGAAAGUACGUUCUAUACUUGAAGGGUUGUGUGACAGCACGAACAGCACCUACUGGAAAUCUGAAGAUGAUUCUGGAGGUGGGAUGACUGGUUUGGGAGGCGAUGUUGACAGUCAUCCAUAUGUUUCCUUCACAAUCAAUCUCAUUUGAUUUGGUUAAAGUCCAAACACCUACCCUUUUGAAUCCCUAUGUUAGAGAAUCAUUUCUAAUUCUGCAAUAAUAUUGAAUGGGAACUGAGAUCAUGUAUAUUAUCAUAUUCACUCCAAUUCUUUGGUUAAUUUAAAAAUAUAUUGAAGAGGUGUAUUUUUAUCUAUCCUGGGAAAUUUGUACUAUUUCAACUAUUUCAAAUACCUAGAGGUAGGG